AUGCGAGACUCUAGAAUUGAGCAUGACAAUAUGGCUGCAGCAUUACACUUUCCUGCAGCCAAGCUAGGACCAGGUCCUCUGGGAACCUCGGAGCAAGAAGAUGUUCGUCGACAGCGCUUCCGACAGGAACUGCAAAAUGACAUGCAAAGCUUUCUGGCAGCCCAGGCUCAAGAAAACCCGCGGCUUCGGCGUCUGAGAAGAAGACAAAGCGAGGUGACUACGUCCAUAAUCGAUGCAACACGCGGAGGUGCCGGAAGGAGCCAGGCGAAUCAUCAAGUGGAAUCUGCUGAAAAUACGGGGGUUUCUCAUGCGAGGGACAAUCAACGAGAGCGUCUACCAUAUCACUCAGCAACACAAGGACAUGAGCAAGAGCUGCGAGAGAGUCAGGGGAAUAGUCAUUUGCCAAACAUGCACUCAACCACGUUCCCGAACGGGAUGUGGCCAAGCAACCAACCUUCAAUACUACCAUUUGGUCCUUCCGGACCGUACGCAUAUAGUACACCGAUACCCCCAAUACCCGAGAAUCCCCCACGCUGGAAUGCUCCAUGGCCAGAUUCUCGGAUGCAUUUCGAGCGGCCUUACUAUGAUGAGUUCUAUCGCGGCAAUAACAUAUAUGCACCAUCUAGUGGCUAUGGACCCGAUUUGAGACUCAUGCCCCCAGUUAACCCGUAUGAACGGAAUGGGUACGGUGAUAUGCGGGGACUCGGCUACCUCAACGCGGGCCCACCACAGAAUGGCUUUCAACCUGAGCAAAGGAACCCACAACCGAGAUUGGAUCCGAGAGAGCAGCAAAAAAGGGGAUUUUCCACACAAAUGGACUCAAAAUCAAAUCAAUACGCUGCUGCUUUAGAACGCCAGAUGGCGGAAAGGAGACAUGCUGAAGACCAGGAGCGAGCAUUUCGACGUCAACCCGGCUAUAGCUUAGGGGGCAACCCACUCAUUGGAGAGCAUACCACCUCCUCUGUCGGUGUACGUGCCCGAGGGUUAGGGAACCCGUUGCCACCUGCUUCUGCUCAACCGCCGGACCAGAGCACCCGACAAAGGAGAACAUCGAAAUCUGAGUACCUACGAGACCUAGAAAAUCAGAUACAACAGAAGAGAGACAGGCUUGAAUCGGAAAAGACAUUUUGGAAAUCCCAGGAUGAAAAGAAAGAUCGAGAAAUUGCAGAAUACAAUCCGUGGGGCCGUGCUGGGGCCGGAGCUCCAUUGAGGAAACCAGAUGUUGUGGUUGAUGAGCGACUGGGUCAAUUGGGUACCAGCGGAUUUCAACAACGCCAGCUAGUGCAGCUACAAAAUGGCUUGGGAGCUUCACAUGUGCUACAAGAGGGUGGGAAUACAUUUCUGGAUCCCGGAAAAAGCACGACCGUUGGAUUCGCCGCGAAUCCAUCGACCGGGCCGCCGUUAUUUGCAAGUCAGCAAUCUCCCCUGCCGCCUAUUCCUGGUAAAGAGAAGAGCUUCCAAAGAGGUCAGCGCAACAUAGAGGGAAUGUCAGCCACGGAAAGAGAGGAGCUGAUACGUAAGCAACAAAUUCAGCAGAAUCAUCAGGAGGCGCUGCGACGACAGGUGGCAGAGCGAGACGCAGAGAAAGCGAGGCAAGCAGCAGAGCGGAAGGCGGAGGAAGAGCGGGAACAAGCACGUAUUCUUAAGGAACAGGAGGAGCUGAAGCUGAGGUAUGCCAAGGAGCAGGAAGAAGCUCGAAAGAAAGAGGAGGAAGCACGUUUAGAGAACGAGAAAAAAGCGGCUGAACGGGCGGCUGAGCAGGAACGAAGGGAGCGAGCUUUUAAGGAAGCUCAUUUAGCCGCUCAAGCCAGUAAAGUAGGAAAAAGAACAAUGAAGAGCCCUGUGCCAACUCCAGAAACAUCCAAUAGAGUAUCAGCAGCCCCAGUUCGCUCAGAGUCUCCUCCCAUACCAACUCUCCGCAAUAAGGGGUUUGGAUCCAAUCCGGACAAUGUAAGCGCAGUGCCUGCGGAACCAGCCGAACCGCCUCCGACUUUUCGUACGAACUCUCCCCCGAUACCCACUUUACGAGGUCACGCAACAGCAUCAAACAUGGCGGAAGAAUCAAUCCAUUCGAUCGGCCCGCCAGCCACCACACCAGUAGCACAGGAACCAGACCAACAGAUGGUAUGGGCUCCCAAAACGGAAAGACAACCCAGAACGAAAAGUGGUGGAAAGGAGAAAGAGAAGCUGGUGGUGCAAAACGAAACUUCGGAGACUAAAGCUGUCUUGGACCAACUGAUUGCCAUUCAGCAGGAACUAGAACGUGAAGACCGAGCUAUCCAGUCUCAGCUCCAUUCAUCAGAUCAGGUGUUCAGCAUAGAUAAUACCAAGCAAACAGUAUCGCAAGAUUUGCCCACAGGACAUGGCAUAACUUCAUCCUUGAGAACUACGCAAACUCCAGAAUACUCCGCCUCGGAUUCCAUACCACCUGCGAAGAGUGAGGAUAACCUCUCACGACAUCAAGCAUCGCGGCGAAAUAGUGCAAGUAAAAUCCAUACGCGAAACAAAAGUCAGCGCUUCGACUCGUUUCAGGAUAAGAGACCUUCAUCACGAGACGACGGGCAAAUGUUUGCCAAACCAUCUAUCCUAGCCCAACAACGAGCAUACUUGGAACAACAGGAUAAAGAGUUGCGGCGACUCCGAGAGGGCCAAAACGCAUUCUUAGUGAAUGAAAACUCAGCUCGUGAAAUGUCACCAACAGUAGAGCAAAAAGGAACGGAAGCUGACAAUUUGGUCGUGAGUACCGCUGCUGAUCGAGAGCGGAGGAAGCUGAUGAUCGAACAGUUUCUCAGAGACGGAGAAGCCGAUGAGCGACGAACAAGAGCAAGGAAAGCAGAUGAUCGAACGUAUUCUGCCGACAUUGACAACGCUUUGCAGUCAGAUAGCAAACUCGUGUUUCUACGGAACGGUGGCCGGAACGGGCCGAUAGAUCAGCAGAACAGUAAAUUACAAAAAGACGUGACGAUACAGUCCCGCGCAGAGUUUGGUGUCUCAAACGAUAACAGACUUGGUAUAAAUGACGAUGAUCCAGCAAGUCAAGUAGAAAUAGUAGAACAAAGGAACGAGGCUCGCCUCAAAGGUCUCGCGGAAUUGCAAGCGGCCCGUGAACGUAGGAAGUGCAACGGAGAUGAAAGCGACAUCAUCUUGUCCUUCCUGAAGAGGGAGGAAAAACGCAGGCCGCGCAGCGGCCGUUUACGUGAAAGGGAAGGUAGCAUUCCUGCAUCGUCUUCGACAUAUAAAAAUUUAGAGAUAGGGCGAGCAGGAUUAAGUCUUUUCCCGAACGUAUGA